GCGUUUUUGGGCGUCUCCCCAAAAGAAGUUGCCGAGGAGGCUGGACCUCUAUUUAAUCGCGAGUCAUCUUGUUCCGUGGUCUGUUAUCCGCUCACCACUACAAUGUCUUUUACCAACAACGGUCCCUCUCGUCGUGUGCAGGUGACAUCGCUCCCUCACAUUCAUAUAGAGUCACCUUCUGGAUCUGAACAAAUCAGACGCGCUCCCGCACACUCGCAUAGGCUCGAUACUGACUCCUUUCCAUUUACCAUGUACAACAAUGAUCUGCCAUUUACGUCUUCUUCUACACUUUUUCAAGAAGGAUCUGAAUCCUACAAUCAUCAAUUCUCGCAAUUGGAUGAUAUAAGCCCUGAUGAUUUCCUGCAACUUCUCAACGAACCUCAGCAGCCGCAAGACAUGUAUUGCAUUGAGCAAUACAUGUCUGGUCCUGAUUUGUUUCCGCCGUCUCAUGAUACCUUCCAGGUCAUUCCACCUUCCCCACCACCACAGACGAUGUUACAGAGUACAACUGACAACAUGCGCCUUAUACCCAUAUAUACCCCAUCGCCCACCUCAUCCUACAACACACUCUCCCCCAGCCCCAGUCACGAGUCGCCUUCGUCUCCAUGGUCCGAAAUUACCACCCCUUCUUCUGAGGGUAGCGUGUCCCCUAUGAUCCCCCAUUUAAGUCUUUCGCGUCGGGGGAGCUCAGCUUCUCUCCGACACCACCAUUCCCCAAGUGAUUCCACAUUUUAUCUUCAACCCCCGGCCGUCGGCAGUAGGCAUGUUCGCUCGCAUUCAGAGUCAAGCAUGACUCGUCCCGUCGCGAGUCAAGCCAUGCUUGAUGCCAACCAACGACGUCGGCGCCACGAAGCUACACAUAGAUGCGAUGAAUGUGGGCAAACCUUCACAGCUGUGUUUAGCUUAAAGCGUCAUAUGCAAUCUCAUUCUGGUGUCCGACCAUUUGUCUGCGGCGUUCCUGGCUGUAGUCAGGCGUUCUUCAAUCAGAGCGACUGCAAACGCCACGAACGGAGCAGGAAGCGUCACAAGGGUCUUCCUUUUUCUGACUCACUUUAAACUUGGCGUUAUGCUGCAACUUUUUCACUCGGGUCUGCCAAACACCCCGGUCGUUGUACACGUCACGUCGGAACUGGACACUCCUUUGUGCGCAUUCGCGUCUUGGGCAUGCAGGAACGAUGGAUACACCUCCAUAUUAUCCUUGCUUCAUUCCCCGCCAUGCCAAUC